AUGGGCAAAUCCAAAGCAGCCAAGCCCGACGAGAAUCACGUCUCUGGGCAAUCCAACAAACCACUCACUCAGCCCGCACAUGCUCUCUCCCAUCAACAGGUGGCUGAUGAACUUCACGUCAACACCCUCGAUGGUCUCUCUGCUGCUGACGCCAAGUCUCGCCUGGAAGAGUUUGGUAACAAUGACCUUGGAGAAGCCGAGGGUGUCCAGCCCAUCAAGAUUAUCAUCGCUCAGAUCGCCAAUGCCAUGACCAUGGUUUUGAUUCUUGCCAUGGCCGUCAGUUUCGGCAUUGAGUCCUACAUUGAGGGCGGAGUCAUCACCUUCGUCAUUCUCCUCAACGUUAUCGUGGGCUUCUUCCAAGAAUACUCCGCAGAGAAGACCAUGGAUUCCCUCCGCUCCCUCAGCUCCCCGACAGCCAACAUUGUCCGCGAUGGCGAGUCUAUUGUCGUCCCGUCUGGCGAAAUUGUUCCCGGCGAUGUCGUCGAGAUCAAGACCGGUGACACCAUCCCGGCAGAUGUCAGGCUCAUCGAAGCCGUCAACUUCGAGACCGAUGAGGCUCUAUUGACCGGCGAAUCCCUCCCCGUGCGUAAGAACGAAGACGCCACCUUCCCCGAAAAGACCGGUCCCGGAGACCGCCUCAACGUCGCGUACAGCUCCUCCAGCGUCACGAAGGGUCGCGCCAAGGGAAUCGUCUUCGCGACCGGCGUCUAUACCGAGAUUGGCGCUAUCGCUUCCGCUCUCCGCAAGAAGGAUUCCAAGGUUCGCGAGGUCAAGCGUAAGCCCGAUGGACGCGCCGGCCCUCACCGGUAUCUUGAAGCCUACACCUUGACCUUUACUGAUGCCAUCGGUCGGUUCUUGGGCGUCAACGUCGGUACCCCGUUGCAGAAGAAGCUCUCCAAGCUGGCCAUGCUACUUUUCGGCAUUGCCAUCGUGUUUGCCAUCAUUGUCCUGGGCGCCAACAAGUUCGAGGCCACCCAGGAAGUCAUCAUCUACGCCGUGGCCACCGGGUUAUCCAUGAUCCCCGCAAGCUUGGUCGUUGUGCUCACCAUCACAAUGGCCGCCGGUACCAAGCGCAUGGUCAAGCGCAACGUCAUUGUUCGCAACCUCAAGUCUCUCGAAGCACUCGGCGCCGUGACGGACAUUUGCUCCGACAAGACGGGCACGCUGACCCAGGGCAAGAUGCUGGCUCGUGGUGCAUGGCUCCCAGGAAUGGGAACCUACACGGUUGAGAACUCGUCGACGCCCGUUGACCCCACCGAAGGAGAUAUCCGCUUCGACGAGCGAUCGCCUAGACAUCUGGACUUCAAGAAGGGCGGCGAUGCCUGCGGAUCCGUUCUCGAGCCACAGGAACUCUUGCAAAACAGCAAGGCGGGUCUCGCAGCCUUCCUUCAUGUUGCCUCGCUCGCCAACCUCGCAACCAUCAACAAAAAGGACGACCAGUGGCAUGCCCGAGGCGACCCUACCGAAAUCGCCAUCCAGGUCUUCGCCUCUCGCUUUGAUUGGAACCGUCUGCGCUUGACCACUGGCGACAAUCCGGAGUGGAGCGAGAUUGCCGAGCUGCCCUUCGAUUCCGACGUCAAGCGCAUGUCCGUCAUUAUGAAGCACAACACCACCAACGAGUACUACGCCUACACCAAGGGUGCUGUGGAGCGCGUCAUUCAGACCUGCACCAAGUACACCCCGCAGGACUCUGGCGACCUGGUCGACAUGACACCCGAGUUCCGAGAGGAGAUUCUUCGCAACAUGGAGGCUCUUGCAGGUCUCGGUCUCCGAGUGUUGGCGCUGGCUAGCAAGCCUUUCGAUGGCACGCCGAACAAGGGCGACGAGAUCGACCGGGCCUCGGUCGAAUGCGAUUUGGUCUUCCGCGGCCUCAUCGGUCUCUACGAUCCCCCCCGUCCCGAAUCCGCCCCGGCUGUUCGUCAAUGCCACGAAGCAGGCAUCUCAGUUCACAUGCUCACGGGCGAUCAUCCGGAGACUGCAAAAGCCAUCGCCAUCGAAGUCGGCAUCCUGCCCCAUCGCAUGGAACGCGUUGCUCGAAACGUUGCUGAUGCCAUGGUCAUGACGGCUACGCAGUUCGACGACCUGAGCGACGACGAGGUUGAUAAGCUGCCGGUUCUCCCUCUCGUUAUUGCCCGAUGCGCCCCCAGCACUAAGGUCCGGAUGAUUGAAGCCCUCCACCGCCGAAAGAAGUUUUGCGCCAUGACCGGUGAUGGUGUCAACGACUCCCCUUCUCUCCGCCGUGCCGACGUUGGGAUCGCCAUGGGCCAGUCUGGUUCCGAUGUCGCUAAGGAUGCUUCCGACAUUGUUCUGACGGACGACAACUUCGCGUCCAUCGUCGCCGCCAUUGAAGAAGGCCGCCGCAUCUUUGACAACAUCCAAAAGUUCGUCCUUCACGUCCUCGCUGAGAACAUUGCCCAAGCUGGAACACUCCUGGUCGGCCUGGUCUUCAAAGACACCAGAGGUUUGUCCGUGUUCCCGCUCGCGCCGGUGGAAAUUGUCUGGAUCAUCAUGGCGACCUCGGGCAUGCCCGACAUGGGUCUUGGUUUCGAGCGUGCGGUCCCGGAUAUCAUGCGCCGCCCUCCCCAGUCACUCAAGACUGGUAUCUUCACCAUGGAGUUCCUGGUCGACAUGGUCGUGUAUGGACUGUGGAUCGCCGCGCUUUGUCUGUCAAGCUUCUCUCUGGUAGUCUACGGCUUCGGCAACGGAGAAUUGGGAGAGAACUGCAAUGGGUCGUACAGCGAUUCUUGCGAUGUCGUGUUCAGGGCUCGCGCGACUACCUUUGCGUGCUUGACGUGGUUCGCUCUGUUCUUGGCUUGGGAAAUGGUGGACAUGCGCAGAUCCUUCUUCCGCAUGCAGCCGGGGUCGAAGAAGUACUUCACCCAAUGGAUGAUUGAUGUCUGGCGAAACAAGUUCCUGUUCUGGGCCAUCAUGCUUGGAUUCGUUACUUUGUUCCCCCUUCUGUACAUCCCGGUCAUCAACACCGUGGUCUUCAAGCACAAGGGGAUUUCGUGGGAAUGGGCUAUUGUCUUCAUCGCCGCCGGUCUGUUUUUCGCCGGCGUUGAGGCGUGGAAAUGGGGAAAGAGGGUCUUCUUCAGGAGAAAGAAUAAGAAGGCUCACGGCGUUGCUUGGAAGGAUCUGGACAUCGAGCAGAGGGUCUUUGGAGACUAUCUCACCAGCUCCUCCGACGAUGACCACAGGACCGAGAUCGGUGAUGAUGAUGCCUACGCCGAGAAGGAGGGCCUGGAGAAGCAGUAG